AUGGCCUGGGGGAGAGAAGCCCCUCCUAAAGCUAACCCUGACGACUUUGUCCUUCCUGCCGAGGGGCGUCGUUUCGACUACAAGCAGUCGUUGAAGAAGCCCUUUACGUAUAAUAACGAGGUGCCUUUCUGGAAAAACCAUGGAAAUGCAUUUGUAGCGUUGGACUUUGUUAGGUUGGCGCCAUCGGUGCCUCGUCUUCGAGGAUCAAUGUGGAGAUUGACAGCGAACGAGUACAAGGACUGGGAGGUUGACUUUGCGUUCAAGGCCAUGGGACAGGGUGGUGUGGGAGGCGGUCGAGGUCUUGCGUUUUGGUAUGCUGAGGAACGGGCCGCCGAUGGACCUGUGUUUGGAAACAAGGACAAAUGGAAGGGACUGGGCGUCUUUAUGGAUUCUGCUGAUCCAGCCAAUCAGAGAACACACCCAGUUAUCUAUGGCCUCACAAACGAUGGGACAAAGGAAUUCCCCUCAAACCCUCCUGCCAACAGCAUUGGUGGUUGUCUUCGGGAUUACAAGAACUCGCCUGUUCCCGUCGUCAUCCGGGUCUCGUACAUUGACAAGACGCUGAAGGUCUCGGUCGAUACCCUCAACGCGGGCAAGAAGUUGAUCUCGUGCUUCGAGCAAAAGAACAUAGAUCUCCCUACUGGAUACCACUUUGGUUUCUCUGCAAUGUCGUCAGAGACUGGUAUGCCCGAUGACCACGACUUAUAUUCAUUCGAGGUGUUCGAGGUUAACCCUCCUCCAAGGAAAGGCGAACACUUGAGACCUCAUGAGGCAGAAAUGCUCAAGAAGGGACAGGAGGCCAAGGUCGACGAACAGGAUAAGGCUACCUUCGAAGAAGUCCAAAAGAUUGUGGCGGAGCAGGAACAAAAGCUCAAGGAAUGGACCGAUGGUCCCACAUCUCUCUCUGCCGCACAAUUGGCGUCAACGAUUGGAGAUACGCAGCACAGGAUUGUAGAGUCACUGAAUAUUAUUCACAAAAGGCUGGAGUCAUUGGGAGCACCAGUGCAGCCUGUAGAGACGACAGCCCAGAGUCUGGAGGAGAUAUACCAAAAGAUCAGCACCAUGGCGGCGUCGUUGCAGGCGAUGGAGAGCGUUGUUGAAGGCCUGGUCAGUCAUAUCAGGACCCAGUCUGGGCAACAAAACUCGCCUGAGGUGACCAAGGUCUUGCAUGAGGAGCUGAAGAACCUCAACAACAAGAUGGAUUACAUGGAUGUGCGUCAAUCGACGCAGCAUAGGGUGACACAGGAACGACUUUCGAGCUCUAGGUCGUGGGUGACCUAUGUUGUGUUUUUGAUUCUUCUCCAGGCGGGAGCAGCAGCGGCGUAUUCCUGGUACAAGAAGCGCAUUGAAUUGAGCGACAAGAAGUUUAUCUAG